CGGAGGGAGCGGGAGCGGCGGCGGCGGCGGCGCGAUGAACCUGGAGCUGCUCGAGUCCUUCGGCCAGAACUACCCCGAGGAGGCUGACGGGACCCUGGACUGUAUCAGCAUGGCUCUGACGUGCACCUUCAACCGCUGGGGCACGCUGCUGGCCGUGGGCUGCAACGACGGGCGCAUCGUCAUCUGGGACUUCCUGACGCGCGGCAUCGCCAAGAUCAUCAGCGCCCACAUCCACCCCGUGUGCUCCCUCUGCUGGAGCCGCGAUGGGCACAAGCUGGUCAGCGCCUCCACCGACAACAUCGUGUCGCAGUGGGACGUGCUGUCCGGGGACUGUGACCAGAGGUUCCGCUUCCCCUCGCCCAUCCUCAAGGUCCAGUACCACCCCCGGGACCAGAACAGGGUGCUGGUGUGCCCCAUGAAGUCGGCGCCGGUGAUGCUGACCCUGUCAGACUCCAAGCACGUGGUGCUGCCCGUGGACGACGACUCCGACCUCAACGUGGUGGCCUCGUUCGACCGCCGCGGGGAAUACAUCUACACUGGCAAUGCCAAGGGCAAGAUCUUGGUCUUAAAAACAGACACUCAGGAUCUUGUUGCUUCCUUCAGAGUGACCACAGGGACCAGCAACACCACGGCCAUUAAAUCCAUCGAGUUCGCCCGCAAAGGGAGCUGUUUCCUGAUCAACACGGCCGACCGCAUCAUCCGCGUCUACGACGGGCGGGAGAUCCUGACCUGCGGCCGCGACGGCGAGCCCGAGCCCAUGCAGAAACUGCAGGACCUGGUCAACAGGACCCCCUGGAAGAAGUGCUGCUUCUCGGGGGACGGUGAGUACAUCGUGGCGGGCUCGGCGCGGCAGCACGCGCUCUACAUCUGGGAGAAGAGCAUCGGCAACCUGGUGAAGAUCCUGCACGGAACCCGCGGGGAGCUGCUCCUGGACGUGGCAUGGCACCCGGUGCGGCCGAUCAUCGCCUCCAUCUCCAGCGGGGUGGUUUCCAUCUGGGCUCAGAACCAAGUGGAAAACUGGAGUGCUUUUGCCCCUGAUUUCAAGGAGUUGGAUGAAAAUGUGGAAUAUGAGGAGAGAGAAUCAGAAUUUGACAUUGAGGACGAGGAUAAGAGCGAGCCAGAGCAGACAGGUGCAGAUGCUGCAGAGGAUGAGGAGGUGGACGUGACCAGCGUGGAUCCCAUCGCCGCCUUCUGCAGCAGCGACGAGGAGCUGGAGGACGCGCGGGCGCUGCUGUACCUGCCCAUCGCCCCCGAGGUGGAGGACCCCGAGGAGAACCCGUACGGGCCCCCGCCCGAGGCCGUGCCCGGGGCGCUGCCCGACGACGCCCUGGGCCCCGACAAGAAGCGGCCCGGCUCCUCGGACGGGCCCCAGAACCCCAAGAAAAAACCCAAAACCACCAACAUCGAGCUGCAGGGAGUCCCCAAUGACGAGGUGCACCCGCUGCUGGGCGUGAAGGGCGACGGUAAAUCCAAGAAGAAGCAGGCGGGCAGGCCCAAAGGAUCAAAAGGUAAAGACAAAGAUUCUCCAUUUAAACCGAAACUCUACAAAGGGGACAGAGGUGCUUUACCUCUGGAAGGAGCAGCCAAGGGUAAAGUGCAGGCGGAGCUGGGCCAGCCCCUGACAGGUAAGGACAGCGUCACCUCCCUGGUGGCUUUGCUUUGUCACCCCUCAUCCUUAGAGCUCCCCAAAUUCCUCCCUCCCCGCUCAGCUGCUGGCAAGGAGAG